CCAUUGGCAUCUAAAUUUUAAAACUAAAAGAAGCUAUUGGUUUUGGACCACCUCCAAGGCUCCACCUCAAUUCAGGAGACCACGCCUGCCCCGCCCGAAAGCCUACGUAGAGAAGAAACAAAAGCAGCAGCAGCAGCAGCGCCAGCAGCAACCGGUCACUCCCAUUCCCACCAGGACAGUAGAAGACAAAAUGGCGCCAGUCGUUGAGCUUAAUACAAGGUUUUAGGAGGCUGAAAAUGGCGGACUCAAACUCUGUUGACGUUAUUCUGGACUUUCUGCGGAAGAAUAGGUUUUCAAGAGCAGAGGCAGCUCUGCGAAGUGAGCUUGGUAAUCGCUCUGAUUUGAAUGGUUUCCUUCAGAAGCUUACUCUUGAAGAGAAGGAUUCAGGUCGUUUGUUGGAAGCUGAAAACGGGGACAAGCUAGUGGUGGAAAAUCAAGGCUUGGGAUCUCGGAAUGGUGGUGAAGUCUAUAAGGAACUUAUAGUGAAAGAGAUAGAGUGUGGAACUGGUAGAAAUGGGUCUGAAAGCAAAUUGAAAAAUGCUGCUUCUAUUGGGGAGCGGAAUAAGUCUAUUGAGGUGGCUGGGACAAAUCACAAGAGCUUUGCAUUCUCUAAAGGUUUAGAGGACACCGUGCUUGAUUUAUAUUCUUGGAAGUCCAGUCCGAGCAAUGGACCUGCAGAACCUUAUCAAAAUGAUGGUGGUGGUAUUAUCGCUAACUUCCCAGAGCCUCAGAUAUCCCAACAAUCAAAGAAUCAUACAACUGAAGUUCCUGAUUCAGGUAAAGCCAUUGUGAAAUAUGGAGAAGAGAUUAGCUUUUCUGGUGAAAAGAAAACCUCUUGGUCUGGAAGUACUAGCAAAGCUAGUGUCGAAUUCAAGUGUGACAGAACCCAAACAAGCGAACCUAAGGAACUUGAACAACUUAAGACGAGUACCAUGGUUUUCAAAGAAAAUGCAGCAGGGAAUCCUUGGUCAAGAAUCGAAGAACCAACGAAUCCACCUUCAGAGAUGUGGAAAGAUUGUUCCGUCAAGACCGCGUUUCCUUUCUCCAAGGGUGAUGUGUCAACGAGUUAUGAUAGUGCUCCUGGUUCUGACAAAAAAGAAGGAAAGAGAAAAACUGAGUUGGCUGAUAUUAGGGCAACAGUAAAGGAGCAGGUUGAUGAGGUGGGAAGAGCUUUAUACUUAAGCCAGUCACAAGGGAUUUCUGAGCAAAAGACCAUUAGUAAUUUAGUUUUUCCUAUUUUGUCUGAGAAUCAAAAGGAAGAGUUCCCUAGGCUGCCACCCGUCAAACUCAAGUCAGAGGACAAACCAAAUGUUAAUUGGGAGGAAAAGUUUGAAAGAGACGGACCAGGCGCAAAACUCAGCAUUGCUGACAAUGCUCAUCUUAUUGGGUCAUAUUUGGAUGUACCUAUUGGACAAGAAAUCAACUCUUCAGGUGGAAAAAGGCCUGUAGGAGGUAGUUGGCUGUCUGUAAGUCAGGGGAUUGCAGAGGACGCAUCUGAUCUGGUUUCUGGUUUUGCUACUGUUGGUGAUGGUUUGAGUGAAUCGAUUGACUACCCAUAUUGGGACUCUGAUGAAUAUGAUGAUGAUGAUGAUGUCGGAUACAUGAGACAACCGAUUGAAGAUGAGGCGUGGUUUUUGGCCCAUGAAAUUGAUUACCCUAGUGACAAUGAAAAAGGAACAGGUCAUGGCAGUGUUCCAGAUCCACAGGAAAGGGGUCCAACCAAAGAUGAGGAUGAUGAUCAAUCUUUUGCUGAGGAGGAUUCUUAUUUCUCUGGUGAGCGGUGCUUCCAAGCGAAUGUUGAACCGAUUAUAAGUUCAGAUGAUCCUAUAGGAUUAUCAGUGACUGAAUUGUAUGGGAGAACUGAUGAUAAUGGUUUAAUAGCUCAAUAUGAUGGACAAUUGAUGGAUGAAGAGGAGCUUAAUUUAAUGCGUUCAGAACCUGUCUGGCAGGGCUUUGUCACUCAGACCAAUGAACUCAUCAUGUUAGGGAAUGGGAAAGUUGUGAAUGAGAGUGGAAGGCCACGUUUGGAGGAGGUUUGUGUGGAUGACGACCAGCUUGGUUCAGUAAGAUCAAUAGGUGUGGGAAUCAAUAGCGAUGCUGCUGAUAUCGGCAGCGAAGUGCGGGAAAGUUUGAUUGGUGGCAGUAGUGAAGGGGAUCUAGAAUACUUUCGGGACCAUGAUGUAGGAAUUGGUGGGCCACAGAAGAAUCAUCAGGACUCAGAUAAGAAACGUAUUGAUAGACUUGAGAGGGAUAAGAAGAAAACUAGUAAACAUGAGGCAAGUAAAUAUAUAGUUGAGAAUGAUAAUGGUGUAUUUAGACAGAAGAAAAAUCAUUCAGAAGGGGGAUUUUCAUUCCCGCCGCCACUGAGAGAUGGACAAUUGGUGCAGGCAAGCUCUAGUAAACCGUUAUGGUCAAACAACUUCAAUGCUGUUGUCACUGAAGAACCUGAUGAUGAUAACAUGCUUGCUUCAUGGAGGGAGAAAAGUAACGAGUCCUCACCUAGAAUGAGUUCUAGGGAUGAAAGAAAUGCUAAUGCUGUUAGAUCCACAAACUCUACUCCCUCAACGCUCUCUAAUUAUGCUUAUGCUGAAAGAGAGCACGCCAAGCAAGAAGAAGAUGAGAAAAUUGCUGCUGUUAGGGAAGAAGAUACGGGGGCAUCACUUGAGGAUGAAGAGGCGGCUGCUGUGCAAGAACAAGUAAGGCAAAUAAAGGCUCAAGAGGAAGAGUUUGAGACCUUCAACCUCAAGAUUGUGCACAGGAAAAACAGAACUGGCUUUGAGGAGGACAAAAAUUUUCAAGUUGUUUUGAAUUCUGUAUUAGCUGGCCGCUAUCAUGUUACUGAAUAUCUUGGAUCAGCAGCAUUCAGCAAAGCCAUACAAGCUCAUGAUCUACAUACAGGCAUGGAUGUGUGUGUGAAAAUUAUAAAGAACAACAAAGACUUCUUUGAUCAGAGCCUUGAUGAGAUAAAGCUUCUCAAAUACGUCAAUAAGCAUGAUCCUGGUGACAAGUAUCACAUUCUUCGGUUGUACGAUUACUUCUACUAUCGAGAACAUUUGUUAAUAGUAUGUGAACUUCUCAAAGCAAACUUGUAUGAAUUUCAUAAAUUUAAUCGGGAGUCAGGAGGGGAGGUCUACUUCACAAUGCCACGACUGCAGUCAAUUACGAUUCAGUGUCUAGAGGCGCUUCAGUUUUUGCAUGGCCUUGGCAUGAUACACUGUGACUUGAAGCCUGAGAAUAUACUGGUCAAAAGCUACAGUAGAUGUGAGGUCAAAGUCAUUGAUCUUGGGAGUAGUUGCUUUGAGACGGAUCAUCUCUGCUCCUACGUUCAGUCCAGAUCCUAUCGUGCUCCUGAGGUUAUCUUGGGACUUCCAUAUGAUAAGAAGAUAGAUAUAUGGUCGCUUGGCUGCAUCUUGGCUGAACUUUGUACUGGCAAUGUACUCUUCCAGAAUGAUUCCCCUGCAACUUUACUUGCACGGGUGAUGGGAAUCAUUUCCCCUAUUGAUCAAGGCAUGCUAGCCAAAGGACGUGAUACAUACAAAUACUUCACAAAAAAUCACAUGCUUUAUGAACGGAAUCAGGAAACAAACAGACUGGAAUACCUGAUACCAAAGAAGACAUCCUUGAGGCACAGGCUUCCAAUGGGGGACCAAGGCUUCAUAGACUUCGUUGCUCAUCUGCUUGAGAUAAACCCGAAGAAGCGCCCUUCUGCAUCUGAAGCUCUGAAGCACCCGUGGCUAUCAUAUCCUUACGAACCCAUAUCAUCUUGAACACUCGCACGGUAUGAAGAUGCUCUUGGUAAAGACAAGAUAGUGCAGUUGCGCUUGCAUUUCGGAGUUUUGGGCGUCCAAUUUAUGAAGGGGCCAGCAUUUGAUUCCACAAUGGAACCGGUCAUACAUAUGUUAGAUUUCGGCCCUCGGCGUUGCUGCACGAUGCAUUGAAAGGUGUGUUUGGUUUUUGUUUGAAAUACCUUUCGGUCCUCCCCCCUUACCAAGUUGUAUUCCAAAAUUAACUGUAAUCCAAGAGUGUAAUUUUGCACGCACCGACUGUAUUCUUAGGGUUCUUCUUUCUUCGCUUUGUUUGAUCGGGGGGAGGGGGAAAAUCAUCUUGGAAUCGUGUUGUACAUGAGUGUGUGAUAUUCUUUUAGGUAAUUUAGUAAUUAUCUUGUGAAA